UGCUGCUGCUGCUGCCGCUGCUGGUCCUGCCGGGGGGCUGCCGCGCGUUGGAAGAAACAUUGAUGGACACAAAGUGGGUGACAUCUGAGUUGGCGUGGACAGCUCAUCCAGAGACUGGGUGGGAAGAGGUCAGCGGGUACGAUGAGGCCAUGAACCCCAUCCGGACGUAUCAAGUGUGCAAUGUCCGAGACGCCAACCAAAAUAACUGGCUACGCACCCAGUUCAUUCAGCGCCGCGACGUCCAGCGGGUUUACGUCGAGCUGAAGUUUACCGUAAGGGACUGUAAUAGCAUCCCCAACAUCCCUGGCUCUUGCAAAGAGACCUUCAAUCUUUUCUAUUACGAGUCCGAUACCGAUUCGGCUUCGGCUUCCAGCCCCUUCUGGAUGGAAAACCCUUACAUCAAAGUGGAUACAAUUGCCCCCGAUGAGAGUUUCUCCAAGCUGGAAUCUGGCCGGAUGAACACCAAGGUGCGCAGCUUUGGGCCCCUUUCCAAAAACGGCUUCUAUCUGGCCUUCCAGGAUCUGGGCGCCUGCAUGUCACUCAUCUCUGUCCGGGCCUUCUACAAGAAGUGCUCCAGCACCAUUGCGGGCUUUGCCGUCUUCCCGGAGACCUUGACAGGGGCAGAGCCAACCUCCCUGGUGAUUGCUCCGGGGACCUGCAUCCCCAACGCCGUGGAAGUCUCCGUGCCCUUAAAACUCUACUGUAACGGGGAUGGAGAAUGGAUGGUACCGGUGGGAGCUUGUACUUGUGCAGCUGGAUAUGAACCGGCCAUGAAGGAGACGCAGUGCCAAGCCUGUGGUCCUGGGACGUUCAAGUCAAAGCAGGGAGAAAGUCUCUGUUCUCCGUGCCCUCCCAAUAGCCGGACAAGCUCUGGAGCUGCCACUCUCUGCACAUGCCGGAACAACUAUUUCAGAUCGGAUACUGAUCUCCCCGACAGCGCCUGCACCAGCGUGCCGACAGCCCCACGCAGUGUCAUUUCCAACGUGAACGAGACGUCAUUAGUGCUGGAGUGGAGCGAACCACGAGACUCGGGUGGGCGGGAUGACUUGCUCUAUAAUGUCAUCUGCAAGAAAUGUAAUGUGGAGCGCCGGCUGUGCAUGCGUUGUGAUGACAACGUGGAGUUUGUCCCCCGCCAACUUGGUCUGACUGAGAGGCACAUCUACAUCAGCAACCUGAUGGCCCACACACAGUACACCUUUGAAAUCCAAGCUGUGAAUGGUGUCUCCAGCAAAAGUCUCCAGAACCCCCAGUUUGCCUCUGUCAACAUCACUACCAAUCAGGCAGCUCCCUCGGUAGUUCCCACAAUGCAUCUGCAUGGCAGCACCGGAAGCAGCAUGACCCUUUCUUGGGAGCCUCCAAAGCAGCCCAACGGGAUCAUCUUGGACUAUGAGAUCAAGUACUUCGAGAAGCAAGGCCAGACUGAUGGCAUUGCCAACACCGUCACUAGCCAGAAGAACUUGGUGCGCCUGGAAGGACUGAAGCCCAAUGCUGCAUACGUGGUACAAGUCCGGGCUCGCACAGUGGCAGGUUAUGGCCAAUACAGCUUUCCCAUGGAGUUUCGGACACCAGUUGAGGAUGGCUCCAGUAGCAAGAGCUUCCAGGAACUGCCUCUUAUUGUUGGCUCAGCAACUGCAGGACUUGUCUUUGUGAUAGCAGUGGUGGUGAUCGCCAUUGUCUGCUUCAGGAAGCAGCAAAACAAUACCGAAUCAGAGUACACUGAGAAACUGCAGCAAUACAUCACUCCAGGAAUGAAGGUUUAUGUUGACCCCUUCACCUACGAGGACCCAAAUGAAGCUGUCCGGGAGUUUGCCAAAGAAAUCGACAUUUCUUGUGUAAAAAUCGAGGAAGUGAUUGGAGCAGGUGAAUUUGGGGAAGUUUGCCGGGGCCGUCUCAAGCUGCCAGGCAGGCGGGAAAUCUUUGUGGCCAUCAAGACACUGAAGGUGGGCUACACGGAGCGGCAGAGGCGGGACUUCCUGAGCGAAGCGAGCAUCAUGGGACAGUUUGACCACCCCAACAUCAUCCAUCUGGAGGGCGUCGUCACCAAGAGUCGGCCAGUCAUGAUAGUUACAGAGUUCAUGGAGAACUGCGCCCUUGACUCCUUCCUCCGGCUGAAUGACGGGCAGUUCACUGUGAUCCAGCUAGUUGGCAUGCUCCGUGGCAUUGCAGCCGGUAUGAAGUACCUCUCAGAGAUGAACUACGUGCACCGGGACCUGGCUGCCCGCAACAUUCUUGUCAACAGCAAUCUGGUGUGCAAAGUGUCAGAUUUUGGACUCUCACGGUUUUUAGAGGACGAUCCAUCUGACCCUACCUACACCAGUUCACUGGGUGGUAAGAUCCCAAUCCGGUGGACAGCCCCAGAAGCUAUCGCCUAUCGCAAGUUCACUUCUGCCAGUGACGUGUGGAGCUAUGGGAUUGUAAUGUGGGAAGUGAUGUCUUACGGUGAGAGGCCGUACUGGGACAUGUCUAACCAAGAUGUAAUCAACGCAGUGGAGCAAGACUACCGCCUUCCUCCACCUAUGGACUGCCCCACGGCGCUGCACCAGCUCAUGUUGGACUGCUGGGUACGCGAUCGCAACCUUCGCCCCAAGUUUGCACAGAUAGUGAAUACGCUGGACAAGCUUAUCCGGAACGCAGCCAGCUUGAAGGUCAUCGCCAGCGUCCAGUCUGGCGUGUCUCAGCCGCUCCUGGAUCGCACGGUGCCCGAUUAUACUACCUUCACUACUGUGGGCGACUGGCUGGACGCUAUCAAAAUGGGACGGUACAAGGAGAACUUUGGCAACGCCGGCUUUGCCUCGUUUGACCUGGUGGCCCAAAUGACCGCUGAGGAUCUGCUCAGAAUAGGGGUGAUGUUAGCAGGACACCAGAAGAAGAUCUUGAGCAGCAUACAGGACAUGAGGUUACAAAUGAACCAGACUCUGCCAGUUCAGGUUUGACCAUGGAGGACUCUGCAUUUGGAACGGAUCCCCCUCCCCUGAGGGUUAUUUCCCUAGGAUUCUAGUUUGCGGUGCUGCCCAGCUUCCAGAGUUUGGGGAAGGGGUUCCUCUCCAUCCUCCCCCACCCUGUUAUCUUGGCGUGGAGCUUCUCAGUUUGCCAACAGACCUGUGGUGGAAUGGACUAGGAUGACCCUAGCUAGAUUAAAGACACUCCCAGGGAGUCAAGAGGGAAUUGUGUCUUUUUGCUAUCUUUUCCUUCCUCGAUUUUGCUGUUGGUGCUUGAAGUGGUGCGCCAACAAUGCGGCGUCUUCAUAUUGAAGACAAAUUACCAGGGAAGGAGCCAUCAACGGCCUCUCUGCACGUUGCCCCUUUUGUUCACGCAAACAGUCGUUCCCUAAAUCCGCCUCCGACGGUGCCACGGAUGACUUUCAGCUUCCGUGGGCUUUUCUGGCUCAGCACGCUCACGCAGCCUUCCUUGGCACCCCCAGCCGGAGACGAGGCCUUUUUCCUCCGUCUUGGCAAAGAGGAAUCGUUGCCCCAAGCCAGUGAAUGAAGGAGCCUCCAAGAGUCACACCACCCCAGGACCAUGGAACUGGCUGGACGUUUCCGUCUCCACGGCCCGAGACAAUCUUGCGCCGUCCGGUGCCGAUGCAAGACGUAUCUUCUGCGGGGAGUUAAGGACCAGCUGCUUCUUUGGCCCCAGCACACCGGAACCACGAAGCCGGUAGUGGCUUCAGGACAGGGCGUUGGGCGAUCCUGCUCUGCCUCUUGCAUCCACAGCCUUCCCGUUCCAGGGACCUGCCAGCACGAGUUUGCACAGAGAUCUCACAGAUGGACAGCCAGUUGAGGCAGCUUGCCGGCCCAGCGGGAUUCAAAAGAGGAAAGGCUGAGCGGAGGAGUGGGAGCGGGGAGGGAAAAUGCAUCCCGUGCCUGCUCCCCAUCUCAUUUUUAUGCAGGAAGGAGCAGGCUCUGUCAGCCGCACACCCAUCUCCGUGGAGCGUUUUCUUGACACACGCUGUGAUUGCUGCCAAAAAGACUGGAACACUUCCUUUUUUUUUUCUUCCUUUUUUUUUUUUUUGGUUCUCGGUUUUUGGUGGGGUUUUUUUGUUGUUGUUGUUGGUUUGUUUUUGCUUUUGCUUUCUUUCCAAAAGCCUCUGCAGGCCUGAGCCGUGGGGCAGGAGGCUCCCUUGUGAAGCUGGCAAGCUUGCAUGUGUACGAGUGCGUAUACUGGCCAUCUGGACCGUGCAAGGCGGCAGAAUAAAGGCAAUAAUAAUUUUACUCAAGUUUCUUUGGAUCAUUCUCUUUCGCUCUUGUCUGCAAUACGAUGUCAAAUUCUGGUCCUUUUGGGGGGGGGGCUUUGUACAGUGUCUUCCCCCCCCCCUUAC